AUAGGGAUAAAUAAAUUUAUUAACUAGUGGAAAUAACAAGUUUAUUUUAUUUUUCAUGUACAGGUUACAUCCAGAGACGUUUGGUCAAGGCCAUGGAGGGUCUGAUGGUUGCAUAUGACGGCACAAUCAGAAACUCCAACAAUCAGAUGAUCCAGUUGAGAUAUGGAGAGGAUGGAAUGGAUGGUGCUGCUAUCGAAUUCCAGAACAUGCCUACAAUAAAGCCAACCAAUUCUGCUUUUGAAAAGAAGUUUCACUUUGACUGCUCCAAUGAGAGGCGUCUUCGUCGUUAUCUGCAGGAAGAUGUUGUGCGAGACCUUUGUAGCAGUGCCGCUGCCUUGCAGGAUCUGGAAACAGAAUUUAGUCAAUUGCAGGAAGACAGAGAGAUUCUUCGUAAAAUCAUUCCUUCUGGGAACUCUAAAGUGGCAUUGCCAGUGAAUCUUGGCCGUUUGAUUUGGAAUGCGCAGAAGACCUUUCAUCUGACGAACAGAACACCAAGUGACCUUCACCCCCUCAGAGUGACGGAAGGUACAAGAUUCUAGUUGGAAAUUGACAGAUUUUAUUUUGCCUCGUGUUG